UUAAAUCUAGAAUGAAUUGGCUAUUUUCCAUGGAAUAUUGUGGAAUACAGUGCAUUUUUCCAAGUGAUUAACAGUGUGAGCCUUCCUGUGUGUAAAGUGUUCGUGAUAUUUGCCACUGUGCCUCAAGGACUGCUGUCCCUUGACUGACUUUUCAUAUUAAAUACCAGCCUGUUGAAGGCACUUCCUACCCUUGUCUGUCUGCUUAUCGCUCUGCUGGUUAGUGCUGUAUUGUCUGGAAUAGUAUAGCUUAAAAAUCCUUGGUGGGUGUGAGGUAGACCACCACCUUGUUCUUCAGAAGACUGUCCUCGUCUUGUCAUUUGUUCUGUCUGUUGGGCUUGGAGGAGUAUUUUUGUUGACUAGUAAAGAAUCUGUUUGGGGGAUUAUGGAAUUCUAUAAAAAUACUACUUGGGAUAUUCUUGGGUGGCUCAGUGGAUUAAGUGUCUGCCUUUGGCUCAUGUCAUGAUCUCAAGGUCCUGGGAUUGAGCCCGCAGGCUCCGUUGCUCAGCAGGAAGCCUAUUUCUUCCUCUGUCUUGCUGUCUCUCUCUGUGUCAAAAAAAUAAAUCUUAAAAUAUAUACUAUUUGGGAGUGGUGCCAUCUGGAUGACACUGAAUUCUUGUUAAGAACAAUUGGCAUCAGUGGGAUGCCUGGGUGGCUCAGUUGGUUGGACGACUGCCUUCGGCUCAGGUCAUGAUCCCGGAGUCCCAGGAUCGAGUCCCACAUUGGGCUCCCAGCUCCAUGGGGAGUCUGUUUCUCCCUCUGACCUUCUCCUCGCUCAUGCUCUCUCUCACUGUCUCUCUCUCAAAUAAAUAAACAAAAUCUUAAAAAAAAAAAAAAAAGAACAAUUGGCAUCAGUUCACUUACUUCUACUUUGACAUUAAGCAACAAUUUUAACAUUUUUCUUUUCUUUUUUAAAGAUUUUUAUUUAUUUAUUUGACAGAAAUCACAAGUAGGCAGAGAGGCAGACGGCGGGCGGGGGGGAGAGAAGCAGGCUCCCGCUGAGCAGAGAGCCCGAUGUGGGGCUCGAUCCCAGGACCCUGGGAUCAUGACCUGAGCUGAAGGCAGAGGCUUCAACCCACUGAGCCACCCAGGCGCCCCUAACAUUCUUCUAUGAGGAUCAUUAAACACACUUUAGUCUGCUUCGGUACUGAAAUUGGCAUGGAUAAAUUAGGAACAAGCUUUCAAAUAUCAUCUCAGUGUCAUCCCAAAGGAUGGGCUCAGUUCUUCGACAGGGUGUGAGUACACAUGCAAAUUAUUGUCUGGCAGGGCAGCUUUGUAGAGACUCAGUGUCUGGAGUGUUUGUUGGGAGCUGUGUUUGCCAAACCUGUAACAAAUUAUAGACACUCAAAAGGAAGAGAGGAGUUUCAUGUCCCGUAAUGUUUGCAUUAGUGCUUUAGGCGCAGUGAGGCACACUUUCCUGUAGGGUUGGUGGGGUCCCUCCCCAAAUCCCAGUUCCCAGAUACCAGCAAAGGAAGAACUUUGUCAUCCAGGAUUUCUAAGGGUAAGCGAUCUCAGGCCUGCUAAUGUUCACUCUCAUCUGCACACUGGCUAAUAGGACUUUCUUUGAACCUGGUCUACAGUUCCAUUGUGAAAAGAAUUAUUAGGACUGACCCAGGCACCUACCUCAUCACUCCCUGAACCCCCAACAGGAGAGGGGUUCCUCGUCUGCUGUCGCUCCACUAAGUCAGUUCUAGAAUUAGGAUUGUGGGUGGGAGCUUUUCUCUGCUCCCUAGGCAGGGACACCAUUGGAAGACUGAUCUCUUCCAGGAACCAGCAUUUAGGGGAACGAAUCCACUGAGGGAUUCCUGGGCUUGGGCUGGUCUAUCCUGCUGCCUUCCCAGCAGAGGAGCUAGAAAUGAGUGAAGUAGGGAGGAGAGCCUCCAGAGUGGCUGGUUGGGGAUCACUUGGACCAGGAAUCAGAGAAAAGGGGACUUGGUAGGGUUUUUGGAGGAAAGCACUGUUCAACUCUGUCUGUUUCACAUUAUGUGCAAAUUCACUCUCAGUAGUAUCAUGCAAUUCAGUAAAACCCCUUGCAAAUUGCAUGCCUUGACAUGUUCCUCAAGGUUACCAAGGUCCUGGUUACAGUGACACGGUUCUGUCAGAAAUUCUCUUCUGGUAUCUUAUCAUCUCAGUAUGUGUGCUUUUGUGUGCGAAAAAUUGGUGGGAAGCAACUCUGGGGCUCAUGAGUUUAUAGAUUUGGGGGAUGUCUGUGUUCUCACCUUUUCCUCAUGUCUCAGUUGUAUGUUUUGAAUAUCUUCCUGGUCCAUGAAGUGAGACAGAACACGGAAACUGAAACUGAUUCUGUGUUACAUAUAUACAAUCAAAUUAUAAUUAUACUCUUCUAUGAAAAUGUUGUUCCUGCAGCUGGAUGUGACUGUUUAUAGUGACCUGGGGGACUUUAGGAUAUUGUGGCCAGCUGGAUCUUGUAACAUUUUGGAUUCUCCUGGCUUCUCAUGUUUGGGAUGGGAAUAGAAGAAAAGGCUUCCUUUUUCCCCGUUUCUGUUGAUAAAACAUCACGCACUUGUGACCCUGUGCUUCAUGGAGUGCUGUGUGCUGUGGUGGGUAUUUAAGGAGGAGAUGGAAGUUUUUCCAAAAGACUAUCCAAAAGAAUUGAUAGUCUAUUCCAAAGAAUUGAUAGUCUUAAGAUGGAACUGUUCUUUUAUCUGCAUAGCAUUUCUCCAAGGGGUUCUGUUCCCUGAGGGUAGAGACACAUGGAGACUGGAAGUGAUCACAGUAAAAAUGUAGCAAUAAAGUCCUGUGUUCGUGAUGCUCUUACAUUCAUGAGGAAUUGAGUGUGGCCAGAGAGGACGGGUCUAAUGACCCAUGCAUAGAGUAAACGUUGAGAAGUCAAAGUCCCAUGUGAGUUUCUUACGAACUGAGUAGAUAUCUCCAGUGCCGUCCGUCUCCCCCACCCUCCUGUACACAUACGUGGGAUGUUUCAGGACUCAGUGGCCUUUGAGGAUGUGACUGUGCACUUCAGCCUGGAGGAGUGGGCUCUUCUGAAUCCAUCCCAGAAGAAACUCUACAGAGAUGUGAUGCAAGAAACCCUCAGGAACCUGGCCUUAGUAGGAGAAAAAUGGGAAGACCGUAACGGUAAAAGUCUGUAUGAACAUCAUCAGACAAAUCUAAGCAAGCCUGUGGUAGAGAGUCCCUGUAAAAAUAAAGAAGGUAGUCCGUGUGAAGAAUCCUUCAGCCAGAAUCCAAAUCAUAAGCAAAUAAAGAAAACUCCUGCUGGAAUAAAGCUACGUAAAUGCAGUUUCUGUGGACAAGUCUUCAGACAUCAUUCAUCCUUCAGCAGGCACAUGAUCUCCCACACUGGCCACAAACUCUAUGAGUAUCAGGAAUAUGAAGAAAAGCCCUAUAAAUGUAAGGAGUGCGGGAAGGCCUUCAAGCAUCGCCAGUCCAUUCGAGUGCACGUGAGGACGCACACUGGAGAGAAACCGUACAAAUGCAAGCACUGCGGGAAGGCCUUUAAGCACUGCCAGUCCAUCCGAAAGCACGAAAGGAUCCACACUGGAGAGAAACCCUACGAAUGCAAACAGUGUGGAGAAGCUUUCCGGUAUCGCCACAACUUUCAAAAGCACGAGCGAACUCACACUGGAGAGCAGCCCUAUAGGUGUAAGCACUGUGGGAAAGCCCUUAGUUGUCUCAGCUACUGUCGAAUUCAUGAAAGGACUCACACCGGAGAGAAACCGUACGAAUGUAAGCAGUGUGGGAAAGCCUUCAGUUACGCCAGUUACAUUCGGAUCCACGAGAGAACUCACACUGGAGAAAAGCCCUAUGAAUGCAAGAAGUGUGGGAAAGCCUUCAGUUGUCCAAAUUACUUUCGAAAACACGAAAAGACUCACACUGGAGAGAAACCCUAUGAAUGUAAGCAGUGUGGCAAAGGCUUCAGCUGCCCCAGGUCCUUUAGAAGUCAUGAAAAGAGACACCGGGGCGAGAAGCCCUAUGAAUGUAAAAUAUGUGGAAAGACCUACAGUUGUCCCGUCUACUUUCGAAAUCAUGAAAGGAGACACAGCGGGGAAAAAUCCUAUGAAUGUAAAAUAUGCGGUAAGGCCUUCAGUUGUCCGAAGUAUUUUCGAAAACAUGAAAGAAGUCACACGGGAGAGGAGCCCUGUGAAUGUAAGGAUUGUGAGAACAGCUUGACUCCUCUCCCUGUAUUUCAAACACACGUGGUAAAGCACAGCGGAGAUGGACCUUACAAGUGUAAAGAGUGUGGAAAAGUCUUUGAUUGUCCCACUAACUUUCGGUGUCAUGAGAAGAUACACAGUGGAGAAAAGCCACACGAAUGUAAGGAAUGUGGCAAAGCCUUCGGUUCCUCCAUGUCCCUUCAAAACCACGAAAGAAGUCACAGUAGGAAAAAACCUCACGCAUGUAAGGAAUGUGGUAAAGCCUUCAGCUUUCCCUGUUCCCUCCAAAAACACGAGAGAAGUCAUACUGGGGAGAAGCCCUAUGCAUGUAAGCAGUGUGGGAAAGCCUUCACUUACCUCAGUUCUGUGCAAAAGCACGAAAGGACUCACAGCGGGGAGAAACCCUAUGCAUGUAAGCAAUGCGGGAAAGCCUUCAUUUAUCUCAGUUCUAUGCAAAAGCACGAGAGAACUCACAGUGGAGAGAAACCCUAUGAGUGUGAGCAGUGUGGGAAAGCCUUCAUCACCCUGUCCAACGUGCAGAGGCACAUGAUCAAGCACACAGGAGAUGGACCCUGUAAGUGUAAGGAAUGUGGCAAGGCCUUCGAUUGUCCUAGCUCAUUGCGAACCCAUGAACGUACUCACACUGGGGAGAAGCCCUAUCAGUGUAAACACUGUAGUAAAGCCUUCACUCGCUCUAGUUCUUUACGAAACCAUGAAAGAACUCAUAAUGGAGAGUAGCAAUGUCAAUGUAAGGAAUGUGGAAAGUUCUUCGUUCUAGUUCUUUCUGAAUACACAAAAGAACCCACACUGGAGAGGAACCUUACAGAAACAGUAUGGUGAACUCUCUACUCCCUAUGAUGUCCAUGUACAUGGAAUUCAUACCAGAGAGAAACUUUCAAUGUAGGGAAAGUUGUGCAAGCUUUCAUUGACCACACAGUCUUUGGAGGACACGGAAGAGUGCACACGGGGGAAUAAACCAUAUGAACAUAAAGAAUCAGGGAAAGCCAUCCAUGCAUUUCCAUGGGAGGCCACGGAAGAACUCAUUGGAGAAUUCUGUUGAAUGUAAACAUUGUAGGAAAAUUAAUUUGCCCCAUCUUCCUAAAAAAACCACACGAGAAUAUACAAGGGAUAAAUACCUUAUAAAUGAAAAAUAAAGGAAGCUUUUUAAUUUAAAAAGAUAUGUUCAAAGUCAUUUGAAAACCUGCAUUGUAAAGAAAAAGUGUAAGUAAUAUGGGUAAGCCUGAUGCAAAUUACUGUACAAUAAAUGCUCCCCCAGAUUCACAACAUGAAAGAAAUGUUACUAACAUUACACAUAGGUUGUCUUCUGUGACUUUUUCUUUAUUCACCAGUUUUAUUGAGAGAAGUUGACCCAUUACUGCAUAAGCUUAAGACAUGUAGCCUGAUGGUCUGAUUUACAUAUAUUGUGAAAAAGCUACAGUGGCUCGUUCUUCAAGUGAUUCUCUGUUUUGUGGAUUUCUACUUAGUUUUGCAAGUAAACAUUGAGGUGGGAAAAUACUGUGGGUUCUCACUAAGCCGUGGUUUCUAAGUUUAAUGGGUAGUUUUUGCCCUUCAGUACAAUGCUAGUGUUUUUCAUUUUGAAGACUGUUUCAUCCGUGGAUGAACUGAAGUCUAUUUCUUAACAUGCAAGUAGGUUUAAUUUUUACAUAAGUUUUUCUGUUUUUUUCCUGUAUGAAUAGGACUGUUGAGUAAUGUCAUGUUACCCUUAAAAAGAAAUUGCCAAUUAUUUUACCAGCAAAAAAAGGUUCAAUAGCAGAGAAUUGCAGUUCAGGACAAGGAAGGCUACAUAAUGCCAUAGACAGUUCUGGAAAACAAAGGAAGAGGAAUGCUGGUCUGUAAAAUAAAGGGGACUUGGAAGGGGCUGUUAGGAACAAAAUAUUGGUUGGAAUAAACUGGGACAUUCAGAAUAAUAUGGGGCUUCUCAUUGGCUGAGUCGCGACUGUCAUUGGCUGGGCUGUGGCGGUGAGAGGAGGGACCCUUUCUUCCUCCUGCUGGGACUCAAAGUAGUCGCUAACAUGGUAUUUCAAGGUAUGUCUCCUCUGGUGAGGGUGCAGUUGAGGAAGAGAGGUAGGGCUGGGAACUUCCACUGCUGAGCUCCUGACUCCAUUCUGAUGUUAUUUU